AUGGCGAAUCCAUAUGAUGCUGCUCUGCCCAAGAAGAGGGCAGCAUCAAGAACCGUUAACUAUAGUGAAAGUGAUGCUGAUGCUGAAUUGAGCCUGAGGCUGGAGGCUCUGGAGAAACGAAAUGGGUUGGGUGAUACCAAGGUGAAGAAGGCAAAGAGAGAGGAUUCAGGCUACAGGUAUCAGGCCUUUCUGGACGAUAAGAUGACCAGCUGGAAUUUUGUACCUAAUUUACCUCCGUCAUUCAGGAAAACAAGCAGGUUUUCGAACUUCAUCGAGCUGGAAGGCUCGACGGUUAACGUUCAAAGACAAUGCCUGUUUAGCACGGAAGGUGAGAUUUUGAAAGUCGAUGAUACGAUCUACAUGGUUUCCGAACCUCCUGGGGAGCCCUACUACAUCGGUCGGGUAGUGGAGUUUCUCUGCAGGCCAGAGUUUCGACAUCUUGUGAAGGAGCUUAUGAAAUACACAGCUGAGAUACCAUCUAAGUAUUUCGAACUGAAGAUGAAUUGGUAUUAUAGGCCAAGAGAUAUCCAUAACCAUACGAAAAACGUCAGCUCACGUCUGGUGUAUGCUUCACUGCACCAUGAUAUCUGCCCCAUUACGUCUUAUAGAGGUAAAUGCACUGUGAUACACAAGAAUGAAGCGCCAGGAACAUUGCACAGCCAGCUGGAGCUGAUCACUAAGGACAACGUGUUUUAUUACGAUCAGCUUUACGACCGACACACCUUGAAAUAUUACGAUGUCUAUCCCACUGAUACUUUGCUGAAUCGGGUGGACAGCAAAUCUCCAUUCCUCUAUUAUCUUUUCAAAAGAUUUUAUCACGUAUAUGUGGAAGAGGGUUAUCCGUUUCACAAGGUGCUGAAGAGGUACUUUCUCAUAGAUGACAACAAUCUGGAAACUGACAACUCUUGGGAUAACCGCUGUACUACAUGCAAAGAGUGGUGCAACAACUCUCAGUUUCUGAAGUGCGAUGAGUGUGACUGUGCUGUGCACUUGUCAUGUAUGAACCCGCCACUGACUAGGAAACCGAAUAAGGGAGUAAUCUGGCUUUGUUAUCUAUGUCUAAGUCGACAAGAGGGCUCAUCGGAGGCACUGCACGAAGUGGAGAGGGAAGAGAAAACGAUGAGAUCACUCAUCCUUGAGGAGAAGAGAAGACUGAAUCACCUUGCUAACUCUCGAGUGCAAGAAAAGCUUCCGAUCAAGCGAGAAAGCGCAUGGUACCAGUACGUUGGGCAGCAUAUGAUCUGUUCUAUGGAGGAUCUGUUAGAUACUGACUUGCUUUUACCUUAUCCUUUCAAGACGUCUCGAAUUGGUCCUAAAUAUCAAUGGUCUGGAUGCAAUGAUCAGGAGAAUUGGCAUGAGAUGCCCUAUCAAAACCAGCAAUCAGAUAAUCGAGGGACUUCUACUAGUGCAGAACUAAACUGGAAGCUGGAUGAAUCAAAAAUAAGCGCUGAAGAAUUGGAGGCUUAUGUUAGUCAUUGCAAACAAGAAUUUGCCCCCAGAUUAGAAAUGAUUCCUGAAAGCUGCAAUUUUCUCGACAUGAUUUUGAAAAUCCUGAUGCUAUGUGACUACGACGAAUCUUCGGCUUUGAAUAUCUGUGAGACUGAUCUAACCAGGAUCAAUCUCAAAGAGCCGACCUUUACACCUGAAGAAAUCCACCAAUUUGAAGAGGGCGUGGCCAAGUACGGCAGUGAACUGAAUCAUGUCAGCGACUGUGUCCCCACUCAGUCUCUUUCGAUGGUCGUCAGAUACUAUUAUCAAUGGAAGAAGACACCGAGCGGCCGUGAGAUUUGGGGAAACUUCAAAGGUAGAUCUAAGAAUAAGCUGAGUAAGAUGCCCAAAGAUAUUCGCGAAUCUACUCACAGGAAGUCUCUCAGGGAGAGGAAGCUGACGAAACUGGCAAAGGAGAGCAGCGCAUGCAACUUCCAGCGCCAAAGCAGGUUCAUAGAUGAGUCGUGUUUUGAUAUUGAGAAUAUGCCCAUCCUCAAGAACUACUUCAGGUGUCUGUUUUGCCUCAUAGACUUUUCACCGAUGUGGUAUAAAGUCACCGAUGGCUUUGAUGAAGACGACAUUGAAGCGCAACAAAAUCUUGCUCAAAGACCGCCAGGCAGAGCAAUCAACGGAAGGCCAAAAAAUAACCUUGAGAAGGUAGACGCCCUAUGCAUCAGGUGUGCAAGGCUUUGGAGAAGGUACGGUGUGAGGUGGGAACCUCCUCUCGAAGUGCUCAAACGUCUUAAUAACAAUAACAAUUCCAGCUUUUUGAACUCUUUAGCAGCCAUCCUUGAUGAAACUAAUAUGAAUAUUCUGAAGACUGAACCUCAACAAGCAGGGGAUAAGCUAGUCGAAUGGGAACUGGUGCAAGACGCUGAACUACUUGCAAGACAGAGGCUGGCUCUCACACACGAACCUGGCUCUUUCAGUAAAUAUAAAAGACAUUCCGCCAGCAACCGUUCCCGACUGUACAAGAUGGUCAAAAGGCCGUACGACAGCGAGUCGUAUCGCACUGAAAACAUGAUUAAAGAGCUAGAAAAUAUGUUAGCGGAACAUGCAGGAAACCCAUAUAGAUAA